AGCAACUGAUGCUACUACAAAACUAUCUGGCCGGAAUAUGUGGAUAUGACACAAGCCAGAGAAUGCAGUUGGUGGUUUUAAACUACCUAAAGAACGUUUGUGUUUCAUGUGUUCCGCCAUUGAACCGGUAGUUUACAAAGAUAAAGUUCCAAAAUGCCAGAAAAGAAGCCAUUUCAGCGUCUUCCAAAUGAUGUGUCACCUGUCAAUUACGACCUUAGACUGAUACCAAACAUUGAAAAGUUUACAUUUGAGGGAGAAGAAGAUAUUUCAGUGCAGGUGAAGAAUGCAACAUCAAAGGUUUUGAUGAACAGUGUGGAGAUUGCAGUUCAAUCUGUCCAAUACACUGGAGAGGGCCAAGAUAUUACAGAAGGAGUUGAUGUAACAUACCAAGAGGAAGAUGAAACAAUAACUCUGAACUUUCCACAAGAACUGAAGGUUGGAAGUGGCACCCUGAAGAUUAAGUUCACUGGCGAAUUGAAUGAUAAGAUGAAGGGAUUUUAUCGCAGCAAGUACUUUGGUCCAUCGGGAGAUGAGAGGUAUGGAGCAGUCACACAGUUUGAGGCCACUGAUGCAAGGAGAUCAUUUCCUUGCUGGGAUGAACCUGCAGUGAAGGCAACCUUUGAUGUGACACUGACUGUUCCAAGUAAUAGAGUUGCCCUCUCAAACAUGCCAGUGAAGAGUGAAAGUGUUGAAGGAGAGCUGAAGACUUUGAGCUAUGAGCGUACUCCUGUCAUGUCAACUUAUCUGCUGGCUUACUGUGUGGGAGAAUAUGACUAUGUGGAGGCUAAAGAUGCUGAUGGUGUCCUUGUGAGGGUCUAUACACCUGUAGGCAAACAGGAACAGGGACAGUUUGCACUAGAGGUUGCCGUUAAAACUCUGCCCUUUUACAAGGAGUACUUCCAAAUAGCAUACCCACUGCCCAAGAUGGACCUUAUUGCCAUAGCAGAUUUUGCAGCAGGUGCCAUGGAGAACUGGGGCUUGGUAACAUACAGAGAGACUGCUCUAUUAGUGGAUCCUGUCAACUCUUCUUCUGCCAGUAAACAAUGGGUUGCCUUGGUAGUAGGACAUGAGCUGGCCCAUCAAUGGUUUGGAAACCUUGUCACCAUGGAAUGGUGGACUCACUUGUGGCUGAAUGAAGGCUUUGCUUCGUGGAUAGAAUACCUCUGUGUAGACUUUUGUUUCCCUGAGUAUGAUAUAUGGACACAGUUCAACUCACAAGAUCUCAAUAAAGCACUGGAGCUAGAUGCAAUGAAGAGUAGUCACCCUAUUGAGGUACCAGUUGGUCAUCCAGCAGAAGUUGACGAGAUAUUUGAUGCAAUAUCCUACAGCAAGGGAGCAUCUGUUAUCCGUAUGUUACAUGAUUAUGUAGGAGACAAGGAUUUCCGUAAAGGGAUGAACCUGUACUUGAACAAGUUCAAACACCAAAAUGCCUUCACUGAAGAUCUUUGGGCCGCUCUAGAACAGUCGAGUGGCAAGCCUAUCAACAAAAUCAUGUCUGGAUUCACCAAUCAGAUGGGGUUCCCUGUUCUCAAGGUGAGCCAGGUUCAGCAAGGGUCCAACAGAGUACUGACCAUCACUCAGGAAAAGUUUUGUGCUGAUGGUGGUUCAGGGGAUGCCUCAAGCUCUACGUGGAUGGUACCUAUCAGUGUAUCCACCUCAAGUAAUCCUGACAUUGUUGCUCACAGAGCCCUCAUGGACCAAACAACCAUCACACUCACCCUGGAGAAUGUCAAAGAAGGGGAAUGGGUCAAGUUAAAUGCUGGCAAUGUUGGCUUCUACCGUGUACAGUAUUCAUCAGAGAUGUUAGAUGCUCUCUUGCCUGCUAUCAAGGAGCAGUCAAUUCCCCCCAGAGACAGACUUGGCCUGCAAAGUGAUCUUUUUGCACUGGCCAGGGCUGGUGUAGCAUCAACAGUGGAUGUCUUAAAGGUGGUUGAAGCAUUCCAGAAUGAAACAAACUACACAGUAUGGUCUGAUCUGAGCUCCAACCUAGCAUCAUUGAAGGUGAUACUACAGUACACAGAUUACUAUGAUGAAUAUAAACGCUUUGCUAGGAACCUAUUCUCCAAAGUGAUGCAGAUUUUAGGCUGGGAUAAGAAAGAGGGAGAAGGACAUCUGGAUGGCCUACUUAGGAGUGUAGUGAUUGGUCAGCUGGGCAGUUGCGGCUGUGAGGAGACAAAGAAGGAGGCUAAGAAGAGAUUAUCAGCUCAUAUAGAUGGCUCUAGUAUACUUCCUGCUGAUCUACGGGCUCCGGUCUUUAGUACUGUGCUACAAGAUGCUGAUGAGGACCUGUUCAACCAAGUGCUAGAGCUGUUCCGCAAGACAGACUUACAAGAGGAGAAGGUUCGCAUUCUCAGAACUAUGGGAUGCGUCACCUCAGAGAGUCUUAUCACCAGAGUAUUGGACUUCUCUCUUACUGAUGAAGUGAGAUCUCAGGAUACAGUGUUUGUCAUACUUGGUUGUGCUGGUGGUAAACAAGGUAGAGAGAUGGUCUGGCAGUUUGUACAAGACAAAUGGGAUAUCCUAUAUAAGCGCUACCAGGGAGGCUUCCUGCUCUCAAGGCUCGUCAAGGCAUCAACUUGUAACUUCAUCACUGAGGAGAAAGCUGCAGAAGUGGAGGCAUUCUUUAAGGCCAACCCUGCCCCAGCUGCUGAGCGAUCACUACAACAGGCACUGGAGAAUAUCACUCUGAAUAAACAAUGGCUGGACAGAGACAACAAGGGCAUCAGGGAGUUCCUCACUUCUAGAUAAUUCGGGAUUAUGUCAAAAUGGUCAUGUUGUGAAAUCAGAAAUGAAGUAAACACACUUUGUGCACGUGUGCUAAGUACAUCUUCAGCGGACAGAUGUGUAAGAAGCUUGAUAUUUCACAAUGGAAACCAAUGGCAGGACACGAAGGGUGCAUCUCACCAUUAAAUAGCAUUUUAAAAAUGCAGUAACUAUAGACUUCAAACUACAUUGUACAUUCAAAAUACUCCUGUUAUCAAAUGUAACAGUCACCUCCAUUGUAGAUGGUCUGUAAAUAUAAAAAAUAUAUCUAAUAUACAUAAUCAGUAGGCUUGACUAUUUAAUAUUAUUUCCUGAAAAUAUCAAAACUUGAAAAAAGUAGAUACCAAGUAGCAAGGUACAAGUUACAAAUUGAAUAUUCUGCCAAUUCAUUUAUAUUUUUAAAAGACUAAUUUUUCAGUAAAGUUUAUUUCCGAGUUUCUCUAUUAUCUGUAAGUUUUGUAUCAUGAAUAAAUAUUAUAUUUGUUUUUUUUAAAACGAUAUGAUACAGCUAUGGGCCUUUCAGUAAUGAAUUAUUUAUAUAAUUAUGCAAUUAAACCUAAAGUGGAUCUAAUUCAUUAUGAAGUUUUACUUCAUUUAUGUAUCGAAUGAAUGAAAAAAACAAUGUCAUUUGAAUGAGUAAACAAUGACACUUUGGAUUUUGUUUUGAUUAAUCUAUUUGCCAAAAUGGCUUCGGUAGUUGCAUUUACUAAAAGUUUUUUUUGGGCCCAUCUUGAUUCAUUCAACAUGUUCAAGGUUAAAGGCAAAAUCAGAUCUAUGGGGGUGAUAAAAUUACAAGUAACAUGUACAAU